AUGGUAUCACCUAUAUCCAACGAGGCCACUGGGCCCACCGAAGAGCUGGCCAUGGAAAAGGAGACGGUCACAACCUCUGUUCUCGAUGCGAGUUCAACUCAGGACGGCAACUCCCGCCACAAUGUUGGGGCUAUUGUGACUGAGACCUUGGGCAGCAACGCUACGUUCAAGGUCCAGCGUCGCCUGAACAACCGUCAGAUCCAAUUGAACGCUAUUGGCGGCACAAUUGGAGGCGCGCUGUUCAUCGCAAUGGGUGGCGCGCUGUCACACGGUGGACCCGGAAGUCUACUUCUGGGGUACUUUAUUCAUAUCUGGUUCCAGGCCAUCACAGCUGCCUGCUCGGCCGAAAUGGACACCUUCAUGCCCGUGCCGGCAGCCUUCAUUCAACACGCUAGCAAAUGGGUUGACCCAGCACUUGGCUUCAUGGUCGGAUGGAAUUACUAUAUCUACGUUGCCUUGGGAAUUCCAUUUGAAAUGGUCAGCACAAGCCUGAUCCUGGGAUUUUGGCGCGACGACAUCCCCAUUGCUGCAGUCAUUUGCGUAAUGAUUGUGCUAUAUACUCUGCUUAAUGCGGUUGCAGUCAACUACUAUGGAGAGGCUGAAUUCUGGCUUUCGACAGGAAAAGUGCUGCUGCUCGCCAUCUGUUUCUGCUUCACCUUCGUCACCAUGGUCGGUGGCAAUCCGCAGCAUGACGCUUACGGCUUCCGCACUUGGAACAACCCUGUAAGAUAUAACAUCCACGUUUCCACGAAACCCGCUCGUGAUGGCAUACUGAUAACCCGAUCCAUACGACAGGGCGCUUUCCUCGAGUAUAUCCACACCGGUAGCCUGGGCAGGUUUGAAGGUUUCCUCGCUUGCUACUUUCAGGCUAGUUAUAUCAUCACCGGCCCGGACUAUGUCUCCGUCAUGGCCGGAGAGGCUCUCAAUCCUCGGGUCACGGUCAAGAACGCAUACAAGACCAUGUUUUGGCGGUUCCUCAUCUUCUUCGUUGGGUCAGCCCUGUGUAUCGGAAUCGUCCUUCCCGCCAACGAUCCGACCCUGCUGGGCGUGCUCAACGGCACCAAACCCGGAGCUGGCACCGGCGCAGCCUCACCGUAUGUGAUAGCUGCACGAAACAUGGGCAUUACCGCCCUGCCUAGUAUCAUUAAUGCUCUGCUUCUCACCAGCAUCAUCUCCGCCGGCAACAACUACCUCUACGGUGGAACCCGUGCCCUGUACGGGCUGGCCAAGCAAGGCCAGGCGCCCAAAAUCUUCCCUCGGUGCACCAAAUCAGGAAUACCCAUCUAUUGUUUGGCAGCGACCCUGCUAUUCUCGGCUGUUGCUUUCCUACAACUGAGCAAUAGCUCGUCCAAAGUAUAUUACUGGCUCGUAUCUCUUGGAACCGCCGGUGGCCUGAUCAACUAUUUGACUAUCAUCAUCACUUACAUCUUCUUCUAUCGUGGCCUCAAGGCCCAGGGCAUUGACCGGUCUACCCUGCCUUCUCGAGGCUGGGCACAGCCGUACUUGUCAUACGUCAACGCUGUCUGGUUCCCGAUCGUGCUUCUGACAUUCGGAUACUCCAGCUUCGUCUUCCCAUGGAGCAAUGAUACCUUCUUCAGCUACUACAUUCUGUUGCUGCUGGCGCCCGUCACAUUCUGCUUCUGGAAGAUUGUCAAGCGCACCAAAUUUGUCAAGCCUUCGGAGAUGGACCUAGUCUGGGAGCGUCCUGCCGUCGACGCCCACGAAGCAACCCUAGUUGGAGAGGACAUUGGCUUCUGGCGCGAAAUGUUGCAACUGGUCGGUAUCGGACGAGACAAAGGGGUCCGGGUGGUUGAAAAGGCUUGA